UAAUAAUUAAAAAGAAGACAAGAGUAAUAUUAUUCUCUCAAAAACCCCUUAAACCCUAAACCCUCCACUGUCAAACCUAAGUCAGUGAAUUACUCACCAUUUCCAUGGCGUCCAAACUCUUCACCACUCUCCAGAACUCUCAGCCAUUGUUUGUCACUUGGAGAAGAUUCAAAUUUCGUUCGAAUUGCAGCAGUCGCCGCCAUUUCGUAUCGAAUCCUGAGCCUUCUCCGUUGACACCUGAGACAAAGCUCCUUGAAUCUUUCAAAGAAGAGUUCGAGAUAGGAAACCGCUUAAUUUCCUUUGAAACUGGUAAAAUGGCUCGCUUCGCUAACGGCGCUGUUGUCAUGGCCAUGGAUGAGACCAAAGUUCUCUCCACUGUUGCUUCUGCUAAAACCAGUAUUCCUCGUGAUUUUCUACCUCUCACUGUUGAUUACCAGGAAAAGCAAUAUGCACAAGGUGUGAUUCCCAACACAUUUAUGCGGAGGGAAGGUGCUCCGAAAGAGCGUGAACUUUUGUGUGGUCGUUUAAUUGACAGGCCUAUAAGACCAUUGUUCCCUCCUGGUUUUUAUCAUGAGGUUCAGGUAAUGGCAAGUGUUCUUUCCUCAGAUGGAAAACAAGACCCUGAUGUAAUGGCAGCUAAUGCAGCAUCUGCUGCCCUAAUGAUAUCAGAUAUACCUUGGGGUGGACCCGUUGGAAUGAUACGUAUCGGGAGGAUUUGCGGCCAAUUUAUAAUCAAUCCUAGCAUGGAUGAGCUGAGCUUAAGUGAUCUUAAUUUGGUAUAUGCCUGCACAAAGGAUAAAACCAUGAUGAUAGAUGUGCAAGCUCGUGAGAUAUCUGAAAAAGAUUUGAAGGCUGGCUUGAGGCUUGCGCAUCCUGAGGCUGUUAAAUAUCUUGAGCCUCAAAUUCGCUUGGCUUCUAAAGCUGGCAAACUGAAGAAGGAUUACAAAUUAUCUAUGAUGCCAGAAAGUACCAUGGAAAAGAUCAGGAACUUGUCGGGAUCACGUAUUGAAGCUGUUUUUUCUGACCCUACAUAUGGCAAGUUUGAACGUGGAGAGGCUUUAGACACGAUUACUCAAGAUGUAAAGAUGGCCCUUGAAGAAGAGUGUGAUGAAGAAAGCUUACAGGGACUAUCUAAGGCAGUAGAUACCGUGAGGAAGCAGAUUGUUCGUAGAAGGAUUUUGAAAGAAGGAGCGAGAGUUGAUGGACGACGCCUUGAUGAAGUAAGGCCUGUGUACAGUGAAGCAGGUAACUUACCUGCUUUGCAUGGAUCAUCGCUCUUCUCACGUGGAGAUACUCAGGUACUCUGUACUGUCACACUUGGAGCACCUGGAGAUGCACAACGUUUGGAAUCUGUAGUGGGCCCUGCAUCUAAAGCAUUCAUGCUUCAUUAUAGUUUCCCUCCAUUUUCGAUCAAUGAAGUAGGGAAAAGAAGUGGUCUCAAUAGACGAGAAGUCGGGCAUGGUACACUCGCGGAGAAAGCUCUUCUUGCCGUAUUGCCUCCAGAAGAUGAAUUUCCUUACACAGUGCGUGUGAAUUCAGAAGUCAUGGCUUCUGAUGGCUCCACCUCAAUGGCUAGUGUUUGUGGAGGUAGUAUGGCACUGAUGGAUGCUGGAAUUCCUGUAAGAGAUCAUGUAGCAGGUGUAUCUGUGGGCCUUGUCAGUGAGGCUGACCCAAUUACUUCUGAGAUAACGGAUUAUCGUAUACUGACUGAUAUUUUGGGACUGGAAGAUCAUCUGGGGGAUAUGGACUUCAAAAUAGCCGGGACGCGAAAUGGAAUAACAGCGAUUCAGUUAGACAUAAAACCUGCAGGAAUUCCUUUGGAUAUAAUAUGUGAAAGCUUGGAACCUGCUUUUAGAGGUCGCCUCCAAAUCCUUGACCAUAUGGAGCGUGCGAUUUAUGCACCUCGCACUAAAGAUGAAAGAAACUCCCCACGAUUAGCAACUUUGAAGUACAGCAAUGAUUCUAUUCGCCGCCUGGUUGGACCUCUGGGUGCCUUGAAACGCAAGAUUGAAACCGAAACAGGGGCAAGGAUAUCUGUUGGUGAUGGGACACUUACUAUACUAGCUAAAAAUCAAUCUAUAAUGGACAAAGUACAGGAGAAGAUUGAUUUCAUCAUAGGUCGUGAAAUUGAAGUCGGGAAGGUUUACAAAGGUAUUGUAACAUCAAUCAAAGAAUAUGGUGCUUUUGUGGAGUUUAAUGGCGGACAGCAAGGUCUUCUACACAUGUCCGAGUUGUCUCAUGAACCUGUCUCUCGAGUUUCAGAUGUAGUGUCUAUUGGACAGCAGCUUUCUUUGAAGUGUAUAGCACUCGAUGUUCGUGGUAAUAUUAAACUAUCCCUAAAACAAGCCAAGGAGAGCUGUUUUACAAGCGAAAGAUGUGCUGCGCCAAAUAAAAGUGCAUCUCAUAUAUUUGCAUCAGCCAAAGAGAAGUGUGAUGGUCAAGGAAAGCAUAGUGGCCGAAAGGAGCGGGUUGUAACUAAAUACGAAGCUGCUGAAGUUAAAACCUCUGCUGAAGACACUUCUUUUUUGAUACGAAGUGCCGCAGAGUGUGAUGAAGAAGAAAAAUUGGCUGCCUUACGUCAAAGUACGAAUCUCAGGUCUUUGGCUUCCUCUGAUCCACCAUCUUUAAAUCAAAGUACUGCUGUCUGCGGGGAAGAAAAGUCUGCUAGUCUGAAUAAUGACUCUGCUUGUUCGCGUCAGCCUUUUAGCACUGUCAAGUCCAUCAGGAAAGAUAAGAAGGAUGAAGUGGGAUUUGGUCUUCGUGCAAAAGACCUGAAACUUGGGACAAUGGUUACAGCUAAAGUCUUUCAAAUUCGUGCACGGGGGUUAGUCCUUGAUUUGGGAGGCGGACUUAAAGGAAUGUAUCGUUUUGAGAUGAAUGACGACAAGGAAAUCAAUGUAGGUGAUGAGUUGAGAGUGCAGUGCUGUAGUUUUACUGCCAAAGGGGUUCCAGUUAUGUCACGGGUGAAAGAUGAGUAGUAUUACACCUGGCUACCUUCAUGGAAUAAUUUCAGACGAUCACAAAGAACACCUAGGAAUCAUAUGUACAGACGGCAGCUUGAGGAAGAUCCUAUGCAUGUAUUUCUCAUUUAUUGAGGUGAAGCUUCCAUCUUCUGCAAUCCUUUGAUGGAGAAUUUUGAUGUGGACAAUCGUCUAUUUGCUCCCUCAUCCGUGAUAUAAUAUGUGUUCCUUAAUGGUGUUAUGGGGUGUGAGGCUCUUUCAUGUUGUCAACAGAUGAACUUUAUGCAGGAUACAUCGGAAGAGGUUUAAUGACCUGAGUUCUUUUCAAGCUUUGGUUGCUAGUUUUGCCAAGUAACUUCAUAGUAAAUUGGUGUUGACCUAGUUUGGAGGUAACCGAUGUAAUGGUAAGAACUGUAAGAGAGUAGUUUUGAGAAGACCUGCGAAACACGUGCAUUCUGCUGCAAUGGUAAAAUCAUUUUAUUCAUAUUGAUGGUGAAUUCAUGCUCUAAUGAUUGUGCAUUUCUGGUUCAAGUGUUCAAACUUUUCGCUCGAACAACGACCAUUCAUCGCGAAGUUGAUAUUAAAAUCUUGUAAAGAGACUAUAUGGUUACAUUUGAGAUUUACUUUUGUAUUUAGUACUCUUACCCAGUUUUAAAAAGUUAUAUUAAUAUUUAAUUUCAAAUA